GUCUGCACCCUUCAACAAGGUGGUAAAGGAGCAAUAUUUUUAUAAACAAACCUUGACAGUCACCUGCUAGAUUGUCUUUAGACAUUUUAUGACUGGAAACAGGUUCGUAAUACCCGUAUCGAUGUUUCCGAUGAGAGUAAAAACCUAAGGGAGCGAUUCAACCGUUUGUUAUUUGACUGAAAGAUAGACAUAUUAAGUAGCUAGUAAAGUGUCAGCGAGUCAUAUGAGGAUGUUUGUGCCGCUUUACAGUCAAUAUUCCUACCAAAUCUACUUAUAACAUGGCUUACAGGAGAGCUGUAACCCUCCUUCCAACAGGAAAGGAUGGUAUCUUUAGUAAGUUGAUACCUCUUUUUCAAAAAUCAUCAAAUGCCAUCAGCCAAACUGUUAGAUUUCAUAAUCACUGUGAAAGAACUACAAGGACUCUCCACACCAGUGCACAGUUGCUGGUGACCAAGUUACUGUCAGUGGAUGAGCUUUUUGCCAGGCGCUCUAUGCAGGAGUAUCUAAAGAAGAUUGAGACAGACUACAGCGAAUGUUUGAGAGUAGUAAACAGCGGUGCGAUGGAGGAGCAGCGCAGUGAGGACGAGCUGAGGACCAAGAGGAGCCAGGUGUCCCUGCUGGCUCCUCUCAUCCAGAGCAUCAGAGAGCUGGACACCAAACUCAAAGAGAUCGCUGAGACCGAGAUGCUCCUGAAAGAUGAAGACCCAGCCCUGCGAGAACUGGCGGAGUUGGAGAGAGAAGGCUGUUUGCAAGAUAUUCAAGCUCUUAGACAAAAGAUCAUGGAUCUGUUGAUCCCUGAGGAGGAGGCUGAUCUGAGUGACCUCAUCCUAGAGGUCACUGCCGGUGUUGGGGGUCAGGAGGCCAUGCUGUUCACUGCUGAGGUGUUUGACAUGUACCAGGGCUUCGCUCAGCAUCACGGCUGGUCCUUUGACAUCCUGGAGCACAUGACCAGUGAGAUAGGUGGACUACGUCACGCCUCGGCCAGUAUCAGCGGCCCUCAGAGCUACAAGAGAAUGAAGUUUGAGGGUGGAGUUCAUCGAGUGCAGAGGGUUCCCAAGACUGAAAAACAGAGCCGCAUGCACACCAGCACCAUGACUGUGGCUAUACUGCCCCAACCCACUGAGAUCUCUUUCACAAUAAACCCAAAGGACCUGAAGAUAGAAACAAAGAGGGCAAGUGGAGCUGGAGGUCAAAGUGUCAACACCACAGACAGUGCAGUCAGAAUAGUCCAUCUGCCUUCAGGUGUGGUUGCAGAGUGCCAGCAGGAACGGUCCCAGCUGAAGAACAAGGAGAAAGCCAUGACGGCUCUGAGAGCAAAACUGUACAGCAUGAAGCUGGAGGAGGAGACCAGCAAACGCUACAACCAACGUAAAAUACAGAUUGGCACCAGAGGCAGAUCAGAGAAGAUCCGGACGUACAACUUUGCCCAGGACCGUAUAACAGACCACCGGAUCGGCAUGACAGUCCAUGACGUCAAGAGCUUCCUGCUGGGAGAGGAUCUGCUGGACGACAUGAACACCUCGCUGCAGGAGUUCUCCAACCAGGAGACGCUCAUGGAACUGCUGGGAGAAGAUGACCAGGAGGGUUCAUGAGGAAGAUGCAUUUUGCGGGAAGCUUACAGUAUUUCAGCAGAGUGCUGAACACAGGAAUAUAAGUCACUGCUAUUCUGCUUCAAAUUCUGCAGUGAAGACUGUAAGGAAAAGGACCAUGAUGGCGCCUAAGUCUUAAUGCUUCUGCCCAUUCAAAUAUGAUUUUCAUUACUGAUGUCUACACGGAUGGAGAUACAGGACUCCUUUUUUGUGAACCAUUCGCACAUCCAGGAUCGAAGAGUAAUGUCAGCGGAAACAUAUAAGUGCCCAAUAAAAUUAAUUAUGUGAGUGACUGUAGUGUUGUAUUUGAACAUGAGCAGUAAAAAUAAUGACUGAGAGUAAUAAGAGUUUCUAGCCCCCAUUGGUUGAAUGUAACCAAGUACAUUUACCUGAGUAUUGUACUUAAAUACAAUUUUAGGUAUGUAUAAUUUACUUGAGGAUCAUUUCAGUGUAAAA